AUGAAAGAAGUAGCAGCCUUUGUUUUGUUUCUUGCUCUUCUUGUCUUGGUUUCAGAUGCAAAAGUAACGAAACCAAAUACUGGAAACUUCCUCAGAUGCCUUAGUAACGGGACUGGUCCGGUGCAUCCGAUCACAGAUGUUCUCCUUACUCCUGCUAACUCCACUUUCGUCUCAUCUUACGUGUCCUACACGAAAAACAAAAGGCUCUCAAACCCUAAAGACACAAACCUAAUAGCCAUCAUUGCUGCAAAACAUGGAUCUCAUGUUCAAGCAACCGUGGUCUGCGCAAAGUUUGACGGAAUCCAGAUCCGUAUCCGAAGCGGCGGUCACGACUACGAGGGUCUUUCUUACAUCUCAUCUGUGCCGUUUGUUAUUCUCGAUAUGCAUAACCUCCGGUCUAUUGUCGUUGACGUGUCAAGCAAGACAGCUUGGGUUGAAGCUGAGCUUCCAUGGGAGAAGAUCUGUUUUGGGCGAUUCGUGGCGGUGGCGGUGCCAGCUUUCGGCGUUAUCCUCUCUUGGAAAAUCAACCUCGUUGAGGUCCCAAAGACUUUAACAGUGUUUAAAGUCAACAAAACGUUGGAGCAAGGAGCCACUGAUGUUCUCUACAAGUGGCAGCUUGUCGCUAGCAAAUUGCCUAAAGAGCUUUUCUUGAGAGCAAUGCCUCAAAUCACGAAAGGAGCUAAAUCCGGCGAGAAAACAUUGCGGUUAAGUUCUACGCUCAGUUCUUAG